AUGAGUCGGCUGGAGGACCUCGACGAGGAGGUCCUGGCAAUUGUGCUCAGGUCUGGACUCAUCAACCUCAACAACCCCGGCACGCAAUACGAAGUCUCCCAUGCCAUAGACACGGCUCUCGGACUCGCUGGCGAUGAGCAGAUCAACAUUGCCAUAAUGAGGAGCGUGCAGGGUCAAGUGGUUGCUUCUGCUUCAACCUCUGCCCCAACUAUCAUGCCUCCUGCCACGAAAAAGGGUGCGGAACAGCCCGCCUGGAUCGGUGAAGCGGAGAGGAAGAGAAUACUAGCCCAUCUAGAGGCCGAAGCCGGCUCUGUUGACGAAGCUGACGAUGGGAGAGGGUGUGAUACGGAUAGAUUGUGCUCCAUCUGCCUCGAGGUCAUGGAGCCCGAGAAACAAAUCAAGCUGCCGUGCGGUCACGUCUGGUGCAAGAAGUGUCUCUGCCGACACCUCGCCAGCGGUCUGGGUCCCGGCGCCGCCUGGCCGCCCAAAUGCUGCGACCCGCUCGCCACGUCGACGAUCGCUUGGCUGGACAUGCCCGACGUGUUGUGCCUCUGGCUGCAGGCCCAACAGCAGAACGAGACACCCGUCGGCGAGCAGGUUCAUUGUGCUCGCCCGGGUUGCGGCGAAUUCAUCCCGGCGAGGCUCACUGAGCAAACAGACGCCACAUGCCUGGUCUGUGGCGAGAACACAUGCCGUGCCUGCCGCCGAGUCUCACAUCCAGGGCGGCCCUGCACCGCCGAGGCGGAGGAUGAGAUGCUCAAGGAUCUCAUGGAUGAGAAGGGGUGGUCGAGUUGCCCGCAGUGUAGUCGGAUCAUCGAGCUGACCGCCGGCUGCAACCACGUAACACGCACCAGAGGCGACCAAGCGCAGCUGAGAUCCACGUGGAGGCCUCAAGAGGCUCGCCGACUCAUGCAGAUGCUCAAUCAAACAGCGACGGAAGACGAUUCUGAUGACAGCUCGAUGCCAAGCCGGCCAUGGCCUAGUGGCUUCGCCCGACGACCUGGCCGUGCCAGCCAGAGGCCGUCAUCUCGUUCCAUGCAGUCGAGUACCACUGUAGUCGAUCCUUUCGGCAACUCGUGGGCCCAGCACACUCCCCUUGCUCGAUUGGCUCAACAUGCAACUGCCGGUCGCGACGAGGAAGUCGGGGCACGCCAGGACAGAGGCCGGAAGACGUCCCCCUCCCGGCGGCCCUGGAUAGGAAUACACGGGCCAGAACAUUUCCCCCCGCUGGCUCGUCCGGCACGUGCGACUCUCUCGAGGCAGACGGCCGGGGCUGCGACCGGCGCAGCACCUGAAGGUCUCGAACAAGGUGGUUCACAAAGCCAGCAACAAGGCAGAUCCCCUUCGUCUUCACGCUCCCCACGCUCUAUACGCCGCAUGUAUGGACAGCCACCACACAGCAGGGCAUUUGAGGAUCCGGCUGAUCGGUAG